AUGUCUUCCUCUGAUAGUCAAGGUAUCUCUUCCUCGGAUGCCUGCGCAUCCGAGGAAUCUUCAACCUCCUCUUCUUCGACCGGGUCCUCUUUGUCCAGUUUCGAGACCCGGUCAGGCCCCAACGCCACCGUCCCUGGACCGCGACCUGUCAACCAGAUGCCCGGUCAGGUUUCUCAGGAGAGGGAUGAACCGGUCGACGAUGAGCCGGCUCCCUAUGACCCUGAUGGCGAGUCGUAUGAGGGAUGGGUGAACCGGUUGGAAGCAGCCGGUUACUUUCCCCUCCCCACCAGUUACCCUUCAGGCAUCUACCCCAUGUUUCCAAAAUCGCCCGGAGGGCUGGAGGAGAAGCUGAAAGGAGUCGAGGCCCAAAACCGGGAGCUGCAGGACUUGAUAGCCCGACAGCUCGAUGAAAUGGCCAAUCUUUCAGCAAUUGCCGGGAGGGCCAAGGCAGAGACCCUCCAGCUGAAGGAGGAGAACCUGAAGCUGGCGGAGGACCUGGAGCUAAAGGAGCGAGAGUUCCCCGGCAAGGCCAAGCAAUGGGUGGGGGAAAACUUGGAGGAAACGGCCCGGGUGAUUACUUCUACCCCGGAGGUGACGAUGGAGGCGUUCAAGUUUAUCUACCGGGAACCCAACGGGAAGGAAAUGGUCACCCAGGUCGGGUCCUACGGUUUCAUGUCCGGGCAGAAACGAGACCGGGAGGCUACCCACGCAAUCCUGGCUGACCGGGACCCGGCCUUCUCUGCCGAUGCUUAUGGCCUGCCGCCCAUCCCAGACGAAGAACCCGAGCCCCCUUUCCCCUUGGAUCGUUUUGAAUUUUAAGCUCAUUUUCCCGGGAAUGCCCGGUGUAAUAUGUAAACACUUCACAUUUUUUGUUUGAAUGCCAUGUUUGUUUUCCAACCCGGUUAUUCUUCCAUAUCUGCUUACUUGUUGAUUUUAUACUUUGAUCUUGCUCCUUAGAAUACCAUCCUA